AUGUUCAACCACUAUGUUGGACAAGGGCCCAAAUUAAGCAGAGAUCACAACAAUGGCCCCAAACAGCAAUGGGCCAAUUCUGACGGACACCACGAUAAAAAACGUGGUGGAAGACAAUCGAGCAAGGCACAGUCGCAGGAACAAGAGUCUGCCAACGAAGACUUGUUAGAUGAAGAAUUGUCAGACAAGGCAAUGGAGGAACUUGGAGAGUCCGACUCGUCUCGUCUCAAGUCACCAGCCCCAAGCCAGGAGAACGAUGCAAGUAGUUUCCUACCAACUGGUGCAUUUGGAUGUGGAUUUUGA